CAAACUAUAAACUUGUUUUUAUAGCUAGUUGCUGGAUUUUUUUAUUUUAACUUCUGAAAUCCUACAAAAAUAAGACAGAUUUUACAAUUUAUUGUUGUCCUCAUUAUUCAUUACGGUCCUGUUUGCGCGAUCUGCUAGAAUAGCUUAUAGUUUCUGUUGUGAAAAUAAUAAUGAAAUCAUGACCAUUGCCCACCUUUGUUAUCCCAGUGCUGUGAUGGUGACAUAAUUGAUUUGUCUUGUCUAGAAGGAGUAUUAAAAGUAUUGCGUAUCAUCUAGACAUGUAGGUUACUUCUGUGUUUUGUUUUGUGGCUACUGGUUCUAUUUUGGGCCCUAUUUAAUCUUAAGAUUAGUAAGAUGAUUUCUCUCUAAACAACAUGAGUUGGAUUAAAAACACCAUGGUGAGACAAACAUCAAGAAGUUUGGAUCCUCGUCGGGACUACGAACCACAAGCAUGUUAUAAUUCCUUCUGUAAACAUUGGCAACAGGCAUAUGACAUUAUUCUUAAGUCACAGCCACACCACUUACAUGAUGAUGUGUUUGGAGUAAUCAACCACCUGGAACAACUAACAACACUAUUAGUGUUGGAAGCAAGGGCAAGAGAGAUAAGUUCCAUGCACUUGUCCAAUCCGGCGGCCUGCUUUGAAUAUCUCUUAAGUGAGAAUUUACUUGAUAAAUUGUAUGAGUGGGGAAUUUGCACUGGCAAAUAUGAAAACGUAGUGAAAUUAGAACAACUGAAGAUAUUUGGACACCUGAUCAAUCACUAUAGCUCGCAGGUGAUUGCGGCGGAACCCUUUCUGCGGCCGCUAUUGAAACUGCUCAGUGGCUUCCGAAACGAGCUGCCGCCCGUUAAUGUCGAAUGUCAACUGGUGACAGUCCUCAAUCAACUAUGUGUCGCGCUCAUGCAAAAUAUGAAAUUCGUGGAUCUGUUCUUCUUGAUGACACACACCCAAAAUGGCUCCCAACCAGAGUUCCUCAUAGGGCGACUGCUACUGUCGUCCGUACACCGCGAGGGUUCGUGCGGCUCCUUGGCUCGCGACGCCUUCCUGCUCUGUGCCAAGAUGUCGGCGCGGUGCGACCUACUGGCCAGCUGCCUGCUUGAGGGCAAUGCCUGUCCCAUCCUGGCUACCGGCUUGAGCGGUCUAUACUCGUUGCUUCCUCGCUCGCUGGACGAGAACGUGCAUCGAUUGACCCCCGAUGACGUCAACAGGGUCAAUAAACUCACGCUGUUCAUCGAUUCCUUGGAGUUCUGUAAUGCUGUGGCGCAAGUGGCGCACCCGUCGAUACGGAGACAUCUAUUAGACCUGCUAUACCAGGGUUUCCUUGUGCCAGUGUUGGGGCCCGCUUUGUUACAGACGAAGGGCGGCUCGUUGCAGAGCGGCCGCGGGGAGCAAGCCGCCGCCACGGCCUACUGCGAGCUGGUGCUUCGCUGCGCCACGCCCGACGGCCUGCUGCGGCAGGUGCUUCGCUACCUGCUCACGUGCCGCUACGACGGCGUGCGGCUGCUGGACGUGCUGCUCUCCAGGCUCGAGGGAAACUCACAGGUUUCGCUCGUCACGCUGUCCCUAAUCGAGACCCUGAUCGAUCUGAAUUGCGAGGAUGUUAUGAUAGAACUUGUCUUCAAGUAUCUGUUGAAUGGUCAUCAUAUUAUAUCGCCGCUGAAGACCAGGAUAUCGGACCCGGAGCCUUACAGAGAGGCCGCUGUAGCCUUCCUGAGUCUCAGUCCCAAAUGUUGCCAGAGGCCAUUGCAGGCCACGUUGCAGUGGGCACAACAGAUGUCCGCAAGUGGCAGAAAGAUUCUAGAUCUGAAGAGUAAUACUGAUAAUGGACUUGUGAACGGGUCAAACGAUGAUUAUAUAGCUAUGAGUAAUUUACUGCAAAAUCUCAGCUUCGACUAUGCCAAUCCGAACGAGUCUUUACUGGGCAAUUACCACGCGUACCUCUGCGAUAGUAGGUUCGAGAUCGCAUCGAGAUCCAUAGCGUGUGCGAGCUGGACGUCAAAAUACAAUUAUUUUAUAUCGAACAAAUCCGAUACAAACAUCAAUGUGAAAGAGAAAGACAUAGAAAAUAACGCAACGAGAGAACAGGACAGUCUUGUGUCAAUUUGUACGAGCGGGUACGAGACCUUGAAAACGAGCGACACUUCGGAUAAAGAGCCGCAUAGUCUGAACUCGCUAAUAGAUGGCGCUGAUAAGAAUUAUGAAGAGACAAAAGAACUCGACUCGCUGUCGUUCGAGAGCAGUGGUUACGAUAGUUUUAAGUAUAAGGACUAUUGCGAAUUAAGUGAUACAGUGUAUUCAGAGGACUCUUUUAGAAAGUGUUUUGAAAAGAGCCAAGACAGCGUCGGUGAUAUUGAAAUGCCUUUACGGAGCUAUAGGAUAGGUGCUGAAACAAUGAUUGGCCCCCUAUUGUGUAGCCUCCUCAAGAAGACGUCACUGCUGCUGGAAGCGGAUGUGACGUCACACUGUCACGUGACGGGCGUCAUCAGCAAGCUGUGCGCUCUCAGUGCACCGAUACUGUCCUCGCUACUGCUGUGUCCCACGCUAGUCACUGGUCACAAUGUGCCCUCUCUGUACCAGAUACUGAACCAGCUGCGCCAGGAAGUGGAUAUGUUGCUGGAGAGCUCGGAUCGAGUGGAGCAACUCGUGGACGAAGCCAGGGUGUUCCUUAUCCGCCGGGAGAUGGCGCUCGUGCGACGGCCUGUGCACGAACUCGGCAGAACAAGAAAUUCGAACACGCAGCAAACGGAAAGCAAUUCAUUUGAUCGCAGCGAUUCAAAACGACGGAGCUUCUCAUCCAGCUUCACCAGUAUAUUCGCUAAGAAAGUGCCACCGACAACACAGCUGAUUCCGAUCAAUCAGCCAAAACUGCCGGCCUUCACGCAAGAGUCAUAUUGGAAUCAAUCAGUCACACUGCGCGCCGUACUGAACGCGGUGCUGCUCGAUGAGUGGCUCAAGGAACUAUCGGCCUUAUGUCAGGAGCACGCGUUGCGACUCGCCGCGCAAAACUACGAGGAUGACACAUACAUACGUACGAUAGCUUUAUGACUGCGGGUCAAAGCCUCGCAGGGCAAGGCUAAGAAAAAAGUUGCCUUUUUCGAACCACAUGUCGAUACUAGAAUGUAAAUUAUUUACUUAAGUUAAUAGUGAUAGUUGUUAAUUAAAACGAGUCGAACUCGAGCACAGCACCGUGACGAAAUCGAAAGGAGUUGUUCCAGAAUACUAUGGGCCCUGCGCCCUAUGGCGUGACACACAGAUACACAUAUUAUGUUACUUACAUAAUGAUGUACUAAACCUGUAUUGCCAACAACAAUUGAAUGAAUGACCUAUAUUGAAUAAUCAUAAGUUUUUUUGCGUAAUCUGAUACUAUAUCUAGAAAAUGUACAAAGAGGUGGCCCAUUUCGGAACAAGUAUUUUAUUUGUGAGAUAAUAUAAAGUUUUAAUUGCAUACAGUGCCACACAGAAAGACAGAUGUGGCAAAAAAGAAAAGGUUUUUUACCUACGGAGCUUCUUAGAAAAAUUUAUCAUAAGCCUUUAUACCCAAGCACGCGACACAAAGGUGGGUAAUGGUUUAUCUGUGUGUUCUUAAAUGAUUAUUCCUGCGUGGAGCUCUAGAGAAAAAAUACUUAGGCCGAUUUUAUCCUCACAACCGUGCAAAUGUCACUUAAUAUGUCACAUAAUAAUCGGGUUAUAUUCCCAGUUCGAACAUACUUGUUCGAAUAUCAAUUAGUAAUAAUUAGAAUUUCAACACAGCGAAGUACAUCUUUUCUACUAAGUAGAACAAUUAUUUGACAUUUAUGUGUCUUGUCUGCAAACGAAACUAUCUGGUAAAGUGAAGUGUUGGAUGUUAUUACUGUAGGGGAACUAUCGCUCCUUGCUGUAUAAAAUGUUGCAAGAACACAUAAUUAAACUGCUGUUUUUUUGCAUGCAAUUUUUUAACAAUAUUUUGUGCUUCCAAUAAAAAAACUGUGGGUAGUUAUAAAAAAGUACAAAUUAUAUAUAUUAUGUUAUGAUAAUGUAGAUAGUUGGUCAAAUUAUACUUAUUUUUAUCUGCUUAAAAACAAAUGGAAAAAAAUAAAAAAUAUAUUUUUGGAGAAAUAAAAGCACCAAGAGGAAAAAAUUUGUAUAGUCAAGAUAGGAUCUGAGUAUGAAGCGGCACUGUUGUUUGGUUUAGUUUUAUUACAAUUACAAUUUAUUACUUUGAAGGGUAGACUGGUGUUAUUACAGAAUGAUGUGAACGGGAUCGUAUUGCAAUACGCGUUAGGUCGUCUUGUGAUACAUAAAAAAGGUUGGUUUGUGCAUUGCAACAGCUAACCAGCUGAGGAUGAUAAUACGCAAGUCAAUAACAAUAGUUAUUGUGUUUAAGAAAUAACAAACUAUAGCUAGUGGCAAAGCCAGUUUUAAUAUAAAUUGUAAAAUUAUACGAUUUCAGCUUAUUUUUGAGGAAAGUUCUUACCUGGUAUGGGAUGCCUUGUUUACUAUUUUAUCUCUGUGCUUUUAACUGUCGAAAUGAUAAAAUAUUAAAAAUUUAACAGAACAAAAGGUGAGAGUUUGUUUUACAAUGUUUUAUAUCAUUUUAUUUAUUUACUAGCAUCACACAAAUUUAAUUACUUUUAAUUUUUAAGUCUUGUUGACCUAUAUAAUUUUACUCGACAUUUUUGAUACCUUAUACUUUAUAAUAGGUCUACCAUUUGUCAAUUUUAACUUUGCCGACGAAGUUCUUUACUUAAUUAUCUGUAGGCACCUAAUGUUAACUGUAAUUUUAGGUAGAUUUUAGAAAAAUGCCAUUAUAGUAAUUUUGAACUGUGAUUUUGUAAUGUUCAAAAAUAUACAAUUGAUUACAAAUAUUUAUAGUAAAUAAUAUUGUUAGUUUUAGAUAUAACGCGACACACAUCACUUGAUCCUUUAUAUAGAAGUAGCUUUACAAUUACAUUUAUUUAGAAUAGUGUUGUGUGACUUGCAAUUUUUAUAUUUUAUUUCAAUUUUCGUAAGUUUAAGGUGAACAAAUAAAUACGAAUGGUUUUGACAUAUUUUUUUUAUGCUUUGGAAAUGUUUUUAAUGUUCGUGUUAUUUUCGUAAAACGAUAAACGGUUUUUGUCUUGUCUUUUUAUAUCUUGUUUUAUUAAGUCGAACUUCCUUUUCGUAUUAAAAACAAAAUCGACAACUGAAAAUAAGAGUUUCGAUUAUUGCUUUUAUAGUAAACAAAAGUUUGCCUGAUAAAGUGUAAAUUUGCGCUCAAGUUACGUCCUUUUCCGUCCAAGGAUGAAUAAAAAUAUAUGAUAUAUUAUUUAUAGUAUAUAUAAAUAGAUUGCACAGCAUAUAUUCCUGAUUUGUAUUUGAAUAUCUGGAACUAAAUUUUGAUAUACACAGCUUGAUUAUAUAUCUACCUUAAUUCAUAUUAAUAUAAAUACAUGAAAUUUUGAUAAAACAAAAUAGUAUCACUAAAAGAGUUCUGUCUUAUUAAACAUUUGUUAUACCACAGUUAAACUUGAUAUUUCCAAGUGUAAUUUUAAUAGCAAAUAAAAAAAAAUCUGGUGGGCUAAUAAGAUUUUAAAUUGAACACUUGGCCAUUUACAUGAUAUGGAACAACGAUCAAAAUUAUUUAUAACUUGAAUGAGGUUAUUUUAUUUUAAUUUUUUUAUAUUUUUAAUAAUUCACGCAACAUCACAUUGCCAGUGAUAUUUUGUGUGUCUGGUAUAUAGUAUUCGCUAUUUUAUAACUUGUGCUGUCAACACGGAAUAUAGUAUGAGCAGAGCUUGUAAGCAUAUAGGGCAUGUUGAGAUAUUGUGAAAACUUAUUUUGUGAUACCCUGCACAACUGUUUGAAGUGUAGCGAUGUCAAAGUUACAGGUUUCCUAAAAUUUCAAAGCAUUAGAAAAUAAAUAAAGUUUUUUAUUUUUUGUAGCAAAUUGAAUUAUUUUACAAAUUUAUUUUUUAAAUUAGUUGCACAAACUAAGGUCGAUCGCACAUUUCGCUCUGCACUUACAACUCGAACUCGAACAAAUUAUAACUUGGCGUCUUUUUAUUAGGCAAAUAUGUGAUGAUACUUCAAGUUAUUAAUGUUAAUAUUUACAGUCUGUUUUCAGUUCAGUAAUUUACAAAAGACAAAUAUAUCAGCUCCACGAGCAAUAGGUACUAUCGAACAGAUAGCCAGUAGAGUAGUACUAACUAACUAAUAUAUAUAUAUAUGUUAAAAACUUUAAGCCACAGGUUUCAAGUUAAACACAUUUGUGACGUAAUAAAUCACUUUAUAACAAUUAUUUGCAAACAACAUUUCACAAAUAACAUAUGGAUAUCUCGAUACUGAAUUGAUUGGUUGUUGUGUUGCCAUUUUAUAACAAACUAAUUAUGAACAUUCAUCUCGUUUGUGUAAUAAUAAUUAAAUGGAUCUUAAUAACAUUGUUUGAAAAUUUCAGAAUUUAAUAUAAUAUUUUUUAAUAAAAUAAUAUUGUUUUAA